CUGACCGUGAGGUUAGGUGUAGCUUCAUCAAGCAGUUACUAGCUCGCGUUCUUCACGAUCUUGUGGUGGGCAGGAGUUUCUGCUCGUAGUAUAAAGUUUAUGGUCGCGAUUGUCUGGUUGCGUAUAGUUUAUGCGAGAUGCACACAAAUAAUCGGUGCGUCCAGCGAUUAUCGGUGAAUAAUAAAAAAAGUAUCGUUGUAUCGCGUUUACCGUGAGGUUUGAUUGAUACUAAUUUUUCUCAAUCGAGUGAAUUUUCUUCCUUCGAUGCUGGCCACGGUUAGGCCGAGUGUGUGUGGUCGCAGUAAUCAUGAAUAAGAGGAUCGUAAACGCGAAACUGUCCGAGUAUCAUGAACAUAGUAACAGUGUAAUUUAGAAAUGGAAAAUUAAAUUAAGGCAUACAUAACAGUGGACAAAUGAAUUUUUACGGUUCGUUUGUUUUUGUGUAUACGAUCGGGUGACUGUUGUCGCGUGUCUCGAACGUGCAGCAAAACCGUUUUCCGAACGCAGAACUCAGCAUGGUGAUACGAUUAUAAUUACCAAUUCACAGCAUCCCAUGUUGCACUUGCUCAUGUAUGCUACGCUUCGCAAAGAUACUUAAGACUGUCUGUCCUUAUGAGUAUCUUUUGAAGUACAGUGGAAGUAGUAAUCUGUAAAAUUUUACUGAAAGGAGGAUGCCAGUAACUAAACGUAUUCCAUGCCCUUCGCGAUCUGACGGCGGUAGCAGUGAAAGUCCGUUACUAGUGGAAGAAGGAGAUACAGUCGGUGCACCUCACAGUCCUCGCAGCAAACAUAAUCACAGUCAUGCUCAUGCUAAUCCACAUAGGUCUCACAGUUACCGUCAUGAAAAGCCAAAACAGCUAGUAAAGUAUGGAGAAUUAGUUAUCCUUGGAUACAAUGGAUUUCUUCCAUCUGGAGACAGAGGAAGAAGGCGGAGUAAGUUCGUUUUGUUCAAGAGGCCUGUACCAAAUGGCGUGAAACGCAGUAAACAUUAUAUCGUUAAAACGCCGCAUAGUUCACAAGCUAUUCUAAACACGAAACAACAUUCGAUUUCUUACACUCUGUCACGAACGCAAGCCGUUAUCGUCGAGUAUACUGAAGAUGAAGAAACCGAUAUGUUCCAAGUUGGACGUUCCUCGGAAUCGCCUAUCGAUUUCGUCGUUAUGGAUACGUGUGCAGGUGGCAGCGAUGGUUCCAACGAGGGACGCGUCGCGCAAAGUACAAUCAGCAGGUUCGCCUGUCGAAUUCUAGCCGAUCGAUCGGAUCCUAGAAUCGCGAGAAUAUACGCUGCAGGCUUUGAUAGCUCAAGAAACAUCUUCUUAGGGAAGGCAACAAAAUGGCAAGAGAAUCGUGAAAUCGAUGGGCUUACGACGAAUGGGGUUCUGAUAAUGCAUCCGCGAGGCCAGUUCCGUGGCGGCGAGGCGCAGUGUGGCUUCUGGAGGGAAGUCAGCGUAUGCGGCGGAGUUUUCUCGCUAAGGGAAAGCCGGAGCGCUCAGCAAAAAGGGAAUGUUGUAGAAGAUGAGAACAAUAUUCUGCAAGAUGGUACUCUGAUCGAUCUUUGCGGCGCUACGUUACUAUGGAGAUCAGCUGAAGCCCUAGCAGAGUCACCAACGAAGCAUGAUUUGGAGGAACUGGUCGAUGCGAUAAACGCAGGGAGACCGCAAUGUCCAGUUGGCUUAAACACGUUAGUUAUACCCCGCAAAGCGGCUGCAGAUUCCGCGCAGCAGCAGCCGUACGUUUACUUGAAGUGCGGGCACGUACAAGGACUCCACGAUUGGGGCCAGGAAAAGGACAAAGCGACGAGAAGAUGUCCCAUGUGUUUAGUAGCUGGUUCGGUAGUUAAACUGUCUAUGGGAAUAGAACCUGCAUUUUACGUUGAUUGUGGCCCACCUACUUAUGCAUUUAGGCCUUGUGGACACAUGGCUACAGAGAAAACUGUCAAAUAUUGGGAGAAAGUUGCAAUUCCACAUGGUACAAAUGGUUAUAUUGCAAUUUGUCCAUUCUGUGCUGUGCCACUCGAAGGCACGCCGGGAUACGUAAAGCUGAUUUUCCAGGACAAUGUAGAUUGAGCUUCGUUAAUUAUAAGGUCGUGAGUAUGUGUAGAAAUUCAAUAAACUUCUAUAAAAUGCAAGAACUAUUAAGAAAUUAAUAAAAUGUAAAUAAUCUUAAUACGAAUGCGUAUAACAAAGUUCUGUCUUCUUCCCUCGAAUAUAAAUUUAAGCGAAAACUUUUGUAUGUACAAAUAGCUCUGCAAUAAUUAUUAUGUACAUGGCUCUUGAAAUAAAUGUCCCUUCUUGAAAAGUA